CGGUUGCUAGGAGACGUGAUGUCACCGGAAGCAAGGCCUGGGAUAGGCUAAGGCGAGGGGAAACCUCUCCCACCCGGUGCAACCUCAGCGCCCGGCGCUGGCUCGCCAGCUGUUUGUAGGCCUGGGUGAGGGGCGGGGGUCCGCGGAGGGUAGAAGCGCCCGCGGCCCAGCCUGUCCCUCAGGCUAGGACCGGCCGCGGGGCGGGCGACUCCGGGGCGGCUGCCGGUGCUUCCGACUGACAAGCACUGUUCCCAUAGCCCGCGCUGCCCGCCGCGUCCCUGGUCUCGGCCGACGGCGCUGCGCGGCGGGUGACCUCUCCGAGCCCCGCACGAUGACGGCGCCCUGCUGCCGGCUGGCCCGGCUUCCUCCGCGCCGCCGGCUCCGGCUCCGGCUUGUGCAGUUCCCGCCGCCGCUGCUGUUGCUGCUGCUGGCGGCCGCGGGGCCGGCGCGCGGCUGGGAGAGCGGAGACCUGGAGUUGUUUGACUUGGUGGAGGAGGUGCAGCUCAACUUCUACCAGUUCCUCGGGGUGCAGCAGGAUGCUUCAUCUGCAGACAUUAGAAAAGCAUAUCGUAAGCUUUCACUAACUUUGCAUCCAGACAAGAAUAAAGAUGAAAAUGCAGAAACUCAGUUUAGACAAUUGGUGGCCAUUUAUGAAGUUUUAAAGGAUGAUGAACGAAGGCAGAGGUAUGAUGAUAUUCUGAUCAAUGGACUUCCAGAUUGGCGACAGCCUGUAUUCUACUACAGGCGGGUGAGAAAAAUGAGCAAUGCUGAGCUGGCAUUACUUUUGUUCAUAAUUCUCACAGUGGGUCAUUAUGCUGUGGUUUGGUCAAUCUACCUGGAAAAACAACUGGAUGAACUGCUUAGUAGAAAAAAGAGAGAAAAGAAAAAAAAGACAGGCGGCAAGACUGUGGAUGUAUCAAAACUUGGUGCUUCAGAAAAAAAUGAAAGAUUACUGGUGAAACCACAAUGGCAUGAUUUGCUCCCCUGCAAGCUGGGAAUUUGGUUUUGCCUUACACUAAAAGCAUUGCCUCAUCUAAUCCAGGAUGCUGGGCAGUUUUAUGCUAAAUAUAAAGAAACAAGAUUGAAGGAAAAGGAAGAUGCAUUGACUAGAGCUGAACUUGAAACACUUCAAAAGCAGAAGAAAGUUAAAGUAAAAAAACCAAAACCUGAAUUUCCUGUAUAUACGCCUUUAGAAAGUACAUAUAUUCAAUCUUAUGAUCAUGGAACUUCUAUAGAAGAAAUUGAGGAACAAAUGGAUGAUUGGCUGGAAAACAGAAACAGAGCACAGAAAAAACAGGCACCUGAAUGGACAGAAGAGGACCUCAGCCAGCUGACAAGAAGUAUGGUUAAGUUCCCAGGAGGAACCCCAGGUCGAUGGGAAAAGAUUGCCCACGAAUUGGGUCGAUCGGUGACAGAUGUGACAACCAAAGCCAAGCAACUGAAGGAUUCAGUUACCUGCUCCCCAGGGAUGGUCAGACUCUCCGAACUCAGAUCCACAGCCCAGAACUCCCGGCCCCCCAAGGCCGCCACCACCUUGCCGGACGACAUCAUCACUCAGCGGGAGGAGGCCAAGCAGGCUGGGGAGCUGGAGGAGGAGGACGGCGAGGAGGAGGCCGAUCCGGAGGCCGCGGAGGAGAGCCGGCCUCGGAGGCGGAGGCCAGCCCUGCCGCCCGAGCCGGAGGAGAAAGUCCGGGGAAAGAGGCAGAAGGACUUCGACAUGUCGGAACAGCACGAGUCCAGCGACGAUGAGAGCCAGAAGAGAGAGCGAGCGCGAGCCGCAGAUGAGCCCUGGACUCAGAGCCAACAGAAGCUUCUGGAGUUAGCAUUACAGCAGUACCCAAAGGGAUCCUCUGACCGCUGGGACAAAAUCGCCAAGUGUGUCCCGUCCAAGAGUAAGGAAGACUGUAUCGCUAGAUACAAGCUGCUGGUUGAACUGGUCCAAAAGAAAAAGCAAGCUAAAAGCUGAAUCCUCUGGAAGAUGAUGUUUACCUUAUUUUCCAAAAGGAUUAUUUUAAAAAUCUUAUGCAGAAAUUUGCAUUUUGUACCUCACUAUUUCUAUACGUCAUGUGCCUUAGUAAAAAAAAUUAAAAAUGUAACAUAAAUGUUGUGCUACGUUGUUUAAACAAAUACUGUGUUAAAGGAGAAAAAAGCAGAUUUGGGUAUUUUAUAGAUUAUUUUCUCUCUCAUCACUGCAAAGUUUAAUUUCCUGGGGAACAAACUGAAUCGUGCUUUCUAACAGUGAGGCAAAUGGAUGAUUUUGAAGGAACAUAUGAGUGAACUAAUGUGUAAGAAUGAAGACUUAAUGUGUUUCUUUGACCAAAGAUCACACCAGCUAAUGAGUAGCAGGAUGCCAGUAUUUGGGAGAACAAACCAGCUUUGUACUGAGCUAGCUGGCUGGGAGUAGUGUGGGGUUAUCUUAACUGUAUGUAUAUGCAUAUGUUAUAUGUAUGUAGAAAAAAAUAAGUCUAAAUGCACAAGGACAUAAUAAACUCUUAAGUUUGGA